UAGGGCUGGCAGGGGGAAUCGAAACGCGGAGGAGCGAGAAGAAGGGGUUGAAACCCUCUGGGCAUUCUCGUGUUCUUGAUGGUUUGGGGACUUCUCCAGGAGGCGGUGGCUGCCAGGGCGCCCUAGCGCGUGAAGGAUCGAUUUUGGGAGCUCGGGCGGCAUGGCAUGGCGUCAGUUGCUGGAGAAGGGAGGCUCCUCCGCCAAGCAGAUGGUGUCGGCGACAUCCUUGUAUGGGCUGGGACGCGCGAUUGUGUUGAAGCAGCUGGAUGCAGGGAUCGUGUUGAAUCGCCUCAAGAGACGCUGCAUGUCCAGCUACACAAGCAAUUUCUCGAGAAGGCUGGAGCAGCUGGAGAGAGAAGGAGGGCCCGAUGCUCAGGAGAAACAAGUGAAGUUUCUAAGAGAUCUUAACAAGGUGGAUCCCGAGGGAGUGAUUUGGUGGUUCGAGAGUAGACCACUUCCGCAGCACAGCGCCGGUGCUUUGGCCGAGUAUCUCAAAGCUCUCGUCAAGGUCGAUAGGCUCGAUGACAGUGCCUUGUUGAAAACGCUGCAAAGAGGAGCAACUGCAUCGCUAGGAAGUUUUCAAGCUGAGGCGCGACCGAUCAUGUCUUCGGCGUUUCCGGCAGUAGGAACAGCCACGAAAGACGGAAUUUUGGGCUCUCCCAGUGCGCCAAUCCACAUGGUCACGUCCGAAGGAGGUUUUAGAGUUCAAGUGUGGCGAACUGUUCGAACCUUGGCUCUGGGCUUUCUACUUCUCUCUGGCGUUGGGGCCAUUAUCGAGGACAAGGGCCUCAGCAAAGGGCUGGGUCUCAAUGAGGAGGUACAGCCAAGCUUGGAGUCUAACACCAAGUUCAGUGACGUGAAAGGAGUCGACGAAGCCAAAGCGGAGUUGGAGGAGAUUGUUCACUAUCUUCGGGAUCCAAAGAAAUUUACCCGUUUAGGUGGCAAGCUACCGAAAGGCGUCCUUCUGGUUGGGCCUCCUGGGACAGGAAAGACGAUGCUGGCUCGGGCAAUUGCUGGUGAAGCAGGGGUACCGUUUUUCUAUUGCAGCGGGAGCGAGUUCGAGGAAAUGUUCGUCGGAGUUGGUGCUCGGCGAGUGCGGGACUUAUUCGCAGCUGCGAAGAAGCGCUCGCCAUGCAUAAUCUUUAUGGACGAAAUUGAUGCAAUAGGUGGGAGCCGAAAUCCCAAGGACCAACAGUACAUGAAGAUGACACUGAACCAGCUGUUGGUGGAGCUGGACGGUUUCAAGCAAAACGAAGGCAUCAUAGUGAUCGCGGCUACGAACUUCCCCGAAUCUCUCGACAAGGCGCUUGUCCGUCCUGGUCGGUUCGAUCGGCAUGUGGUGGUUCCAAAUCCAGACGUGGAAGGCCGCAGGCAAAUUCUAGAUUCUCACAUGACCAAGGUUCCUAAAAACGAGGAUGUGGAUUUGUCGAUCAUAGCGAGAGGCACUCCUGGCUUCUCCGGUGCGGAUCUCGCGAACUUGGUGAACGUAGCAGCUCUUAAAGCAGCCAUGGAUGGUCAGAAGAAUGUGGGGAUGGAGGACCUCGAGUACGCCAAGGACAAGAUCAUGAUGGGAAGUGAAAGGAAGUCGGCCGUGAUCUCAGAAGAAUCCCGGCAGCUCACAGCUUACCACGAAGGCGGUCAUGCGCUAGUGGCGAUCCACACGGACGGCGCUCUCCCCGUCCACAAAGCCACUAUCGUCCCGCGGGGAAUGGCACUGGGAAUGGUCGCGCAGCUGCCAGACAAGGACGAGACGAGCUUCUCGCGGAAGCAGAUGCUGGCAAGGCUGGACGUUUGCAUGGGGGGAAGGGUGGCGGAGGAGCUCAUCUUCGGGGAGAACGAGGUCACGUCGGGGGCGGCCUCGGACAUAAAGUCGGCGACUCGGCUGGCCCGCGAGAUGGUCACCAAGUACGGCAUGAGCAAGGAGGUGGGGGUCGUGUCCCACAACUACGAAGACGACGGCAAGAACAUGAGCACGGAGACGAGGCUGCUGGUCGAGAACGAGGUCCGGGAGCUGCUCCAACGGGCCUACGACAAUGCAAAGACGAUCCUUACCACGCACCAGCGCGAGCUUCACGCGCUAGCGAAGGCCCUCCUGGAACGCGAGACGCUAACGGGGUUGCAGAUCAAGGCACUGCUCGCUCAAGUGAGCUCCCAGGGAGCUCCGCUGCCGAGUCCACUGCCAACUCCACCCGCGCUCGUCCCCACUCCUCCACAGUCGGCAGCAGCGGCGGCAGCAGCAGCAGCGGCUGCUGCGGCGGCGGCGGCAGCGGCAGCGAAGGCCAAGACUGUACCGGCCGGGACUUGACAAAGCACUGCUACAACCAAGAACGAAAGAGAAAAGCCGGGAGGAAAGACAAGAGCUAGCAAAACAUGUGGGGAAGGAUGAAAUGAAUGUAACUGGUGCACCAAGCAAACCACAGUUCUGUGGUCAGUUUUUCUAAAUUUUUCUCUCCCGAAGUGUUAAUUCUUUGUUUACUAUUUUUUUCGAUCGUUUUUAACUACAAGUGCUGCUGUUCUUGGCAUGUCCCCCCAUUUUUCUUUUUCCUCGCUUUUGUUGUAGUUGGUGGGCGGACGGUGCGUUCACAGCUUUGGUGUGUCGUCUUCCAUUUUCAGACAUCCAGGUCGAAUUUUGUGAAUUUGGACUGGUGAGCUGAAAUUUCUCUCUAAUCCUUGUCGCCAAGCUCAGGUGUGAUUUGGGAGAUCAAUUGGUCAGGAACUUUUGGUGAGGCAUGGGUCAGCUCCAAGCGAAGGAGCUGCAAGUGCAAGGCAUCAUAGAUCGGGUCUUUGACCACUUCACGGCACACAAUGGCAACGAUUUCAUCUCCUUCCAGGAGCUCUACACCGCCAUUCUGCUCGUGUACAACGAUAUAAACAAGCAUUUUCCGGGUCCCCAUUACGACCCGCCAGCCAGGGAAGAGGUGCAAGAGAUGCUCGAUCUAUACGACACGAAUCGAAACGGCGUUCUGGACCGCAAGGAGUUCAUGGGCUUUGUGGAGAAGUUCACAGGGAACCUGGCGAUGCGUCUAAGUAAGAACAUCCUCAUCUUCUCCAUCGCGGCGCCGUGCCUUGCACUCCUCACAAAGUCGGCCACCGAGCGAGUCCCCGGAGUCGGCCCAGUGGUGAAGAAAAUCCCCAGCGCGCUCUACGCAUCGCUCAUCACCACCGCGGUGGCAGUGGUGAGCAAAGUCAACGACAGCGCGUAGAGAAAAAAGCUCGAGUGCUUCUUCUAUGCAAAGAUAAUAAAUACCAAGAAGAAAGAUC